AUGGUCAACUACCUAUUGUAUAAUAAGUUAACUCCAUCAUACAAGGCUUUUCUCAUGAACUUGAAGACAAUUGUUAUCCCCAAGACAAUAGAAGAGGCCCUGUCACACAAAGAAUUGAGUCAUGCCAUAGAUGAAGAGAUUGAUGCACUAGAGAAGAAUUGUACAUGGGACUUAGUCCUUUUGCCUUUAGGGAAAAAAGUGGUUGGCUGCAAGUGGGUAUAUACUCCUAAGUAUAAAGCUGACGGAACAUUGGAAAGAUACAAACCAAGGCUGGUAGCUAAAGGUUAUUCACAAUCCUAUGGAAUUGAUUAUUUUGAGAUGUUUGCUCCUGUUGCAAAGCUGAAUACCAUCCGGAUACUUAUAGCAUUGGCAGUAAAUCUAGGAUGGGAAAUGCAUCAGUUUGAUGUGAAGAAUGCACUUCUUCAUGGAAAUUUGGAGGAAGAAGUAUACAUGAAUAUAACUCCAGGUUACACAUUUACCCGUCAGAAUAAUGUUGUUUGCAGGUUGAAGAAAUCUCUAUAUGGCUUAAAACAGUCACCCCCAGCUUGGUUUGGGAGAUUCACUCAAGUUAUGAACGGAUUUGGAUACAUACAAAGCAAUGGGGAUCACACUCUCUUCAUUAAACAUGGUGACCAAAACAAGGUCACAGCCUUAGUUGUGUAUGUAGAUGAUAUCAUCAUAACAUGA